UAUAACAUGAACAUCUCGUGACCUUGCUCGAACUUUGCUCGGAUAAUCCACCGGAUACCUGAGUUCUGAUGGCGAGUGUUAGAAUAUAGACUUCCUGGCUUUCGACAUUAUGCUCAAUGAGAAGUGCAACAUCAGACAGAGGCUCAGCCGUUGUUAAGACUUAAGAGUCGCCGUUUGUCUCUUGGUUCUGUGAAGAACAAUUCUAAAGCAUUUGGGUUGAAAUCUUCGGUCUCUGUAUCUGCAAUGGCAGUUUGCAAAGUGAAACUGGUGGGACCAAAUGGUGAGGAGAAUGAGUUUGAAGUUCCAGAUGAGGUUCACAUCCUUGAGUCAGCUGAAAGCGCAGGGCUGAAGUUGCCUUACUAUGCAGGUCCGGUGCCUGCUCUACUUGUACUGGGCUGUUGGUUUCAGGGUUGGUGGAUCAAUCGGAGGCGGUGAUCUUGGAUGAGACGCAGAUGGAGCAAGGAUAUGUGGUCACCUGUGUCUCAUACCUGACCUCCGAUUGUGCGAUUCACACACACAAAGAAAGUGAUCUCUAUUUGCCAAAAAACCACAAUGAGUGAAGGAAGAACUUCCAUUUGCUACACUCGCCCGGUCAAACAUCUUUUCUGCUUUAUUUGAAAGAGGUUGUAGCAAAAGAAGAAAAAACUCUAGUAAUUAAUUAGUAAUUACCAUAUAAGUUUAUUUGACACUAAGAAGUUGGGUUUUCUUUUGAAUAUGGUAGAAUUGUGUACCAUUUUUCACUUGAAAUGAUAUAAGAAAGAAAUUAAACCUGUCCGUUUGGGGUUGAUUUGGUACAGCUUCUGCUUUAUCAAAAAGUUUUUUAUUACUACGCUAUUUGGUAAAACUGUGGUGUGGAAAAAUUGUUGUGUGAGAAAAUUAAUUUAAAGAUAAACUUCAAAAGUAGCUACGGUGCUACUUUCAUUUUGGUUCACACAUGUUCUUAAUUUCACACAUACAAUUCAAAAGUAGUUGAGAAACAAAAAGAAAACGAAGGCAUUCUCGAGCAACUUCGAAAGUGAUUUAUAUGAGAGUAAUCUAGGCAAACAAACUUCUAUUAUACGUUCAGAGUCGGUCCUUUUAAAAGUUAUACGUGAAUAAAAAUUGAGACAUCUGUUUACCAAAAAUAAAAAAUAAAAAAAUAAAAAAAAUUGAGACCUCUUUGACUUGGUAGGGGAAUUGAGGCCUUUGUUAAGUGGGAACUGAUGCGUAAUUAAGUGCCAGCUAAUCAGGUGUUACCGUUGGAAUUGGCGCGCUCGUUAUCAAAUCGCAACUAAUUAAUCAUUAACGACUAGUGAUUAGGGACUAAUACAGGCACGGCCUCCGUGAAACCGAGGCCGUAACAAACUCCGAUUUCCGUUUUGGGACACGUGUACGGAAACCGAUUCUCUAUCCCAGCUCGACGCGUUUUGCAUGAUCUGCAAUUCGUGAACCGUCGCAAGUAACUUACAAAUUUCACCGCCUCCCGCCACUUUCCUCGUUUGUAAUAAUUCAAAUUUUCGUCCAGCUAGCAAGUUUCUUCAUAAGCAAACUCAAAGCUCUCAUUCGUUCAUUCACUCUCUCUCUACUCUCUCUCUCUCUCUCUCUCUCUCUAACUUCCGAUUUUCAUUUUUCUCUCCGAGAAAAGUGCAACAAUGGUCGUCGCACAGAAAGUGAAGGAAGCAGAAAUCACCGAGCAGGACUCGCUUCUUCUGACGAGGAACUUGCUUCGUAUUGCUAUAUUCAAUAUCAGUUACAUCAGAGGCCUGUUUCCGGAGAAGUACUUCAAUGAUAAGUCUGUUCCUGCUUUAGAGAUGAAGAUCAAAAAGCUAAUGCCAAUGGAUGCGGAAUCUCGCAGGCUUAUUGAUUGGAUGGAGAAAGGUGUAUACGAUGCAUUGCAGAAGAAGUACCUGAAGACGCUAUUGUUCUGUGUGUGCGAGACAGUUGAAGGACCAAUGAUUGAGGAAUACACUUUUUCUUUCAGUUACUCAAAUUCUGAAAGCCAGGAGGUUUCGAUGAAUAUAAGUCGCUCUGGAAACAAGAAAAAAGAGGGUGGAACAUUCAAGUGCAACUCAACAGCAGAAAUAACUCCCAACCAGAUGAGGAGCUCUGCUUGUAAAAUGGUCCGCACAUUGGUUCAAUUGAUGAGAACUCUUGAUAAAAUUCCUGAAGAGCGGACCAUAUUGAUGAAGCUCCUAUACUACGAUGAUGUGACGCCAGCGGAGUAUGAGCCUCCAUUCUUCAGGGGCUGCUCUGAGGAAGAAGCUCGUAAUGCAUGGACCAAGAAUCCUUUGAGAAUGGAGGUUGGGAAUGUAAACAGCAAGCAUCUUGUAUUAGCGCUGAAGGUAAAAAGCAUCCUUGAUCCUUGUGAGGACGAAAAUGAUGAUAUUCAAGAUGAUGAAGUGAGCUUAGGAGCUGAUUCUAUGCAAAGGGAUGAUUAUUCGGGAUCUGAUUCUGACAGUGAGGUUAACCAAUCACAAGACGAUCAUUAUAUAGUUGCUCCAGUAGAUAAGCAACAACCACAGAAAGAUAACAGCGCACCGCAGGAAGAUGACAGAAUGGUUGAUGAAGAUAACACUCAGGAUUCAGUGCAAGAUGAACAUCAAUUGGCUCGGAUAAAGGACUGGAUCAGUGGCCUCCACCUUGACACUGUUGAACUUACUGAUGUUCUCUCAAAUUUCCCGGACAUCUCAGUGGUUCUGACUGAAGAAAUUAUGGACAAGCUUGUCAUAGAAGGUGUUCUAUCAAAACCUGCAGGGGACACUUACACCAUCAACAGGCCGAAGAAGUCAGAUUAUGAGUUCACUAUGGUGAAAGAAGAAAUGGAUGCUCAAGUACCAGUUGCUGACAAAACUUUAAAGGUUAAUGAUCUCAUGUACAUAAAGGCGCUGUAUCAUGCCCUCCCAAUGCAGUAUGUGACAGUUACAAAGCUUCAGAACAAGCUUGGUGGAGAAGUGAAUCAGACUACUGUGCGUAAGUUCAUCGAUAAAAUGGCACGAGAGGGUUUUCUUGAAGCCAAAGGCAACCGAAGGCUAGGAAAGCGUGUGAUCCAUUCUAAGAUCACCGAGAAAAAGCUGAAUGAAGUGAAGAAAGCUCUGAACAAUGAUGCAAUGGAUGUCGACAACACUGAACCAAAUAACAAGUCCAGUCAUCUAGAUCUCCGUACAAUGGGAAGCAGCAUCAGGGACACAUCCACAUGCGGUGCCCUCCACUCCAUUGGAUCAGAUCUCACACGCAUGAAACUAAGAUCGAACGGGCCUCAAUACAGUCCAAUGAGGAGUGAGCAGACUGCUUCAAAGACAAGGGAGCAUCCAAACACUCCCACAAGCAGGGCUGAGCCGGUGACUUCAAGGGAGAGCUUCGUGCCGGGAAAUGAUAACGGCAGGGUAAAUGGCAACACUGAUUACUGUGAUGAUGGGGACAGAGUGAUCUGCAGCGGGAGGUGUAGCCAAGACAAGCGGUCGAGGAAAACAAGCACGGUGAAGGAGCCAAUUCUUCAGUACUUGAAGCGCCAGAAGUCUCAAGCCGUCUGAAAAUUUCCAGCAUUUGCUGUCUGUCCGCCGGACUUGAUUUUCUGAUACUCGCGGAAAGUUAAGGUGUAAAUUUUUACGGUGAUUAGGAGUAUGAUGUGGUAAACUGGGGAUUGGUUUUGCCCAUCCACACUUGCAUUUUCCUAAACCAAGGUCUUUAAGGAUAUGACGAUGAUUGAGUGGAAUCGGAUGGCGUCAUGGUAAUUAGUAUAGAACAAUACUUGCAUACUCAAAGAAGGAUCAGGAGUUCCUACUCAAAAUUAUUCGUUGUCAAUUGAUAAAACUUCGUUUUUAUAAUCAAAACCAUUCAUAUUAUAAAUCACUCUAUAAAGAUCCUCUAUGUAAAAA